AUGUCUCUGUCCAUUUUCAACCUGCGGCGGUCCCUGUUUUUCCCAGUGCGGCCAAUUCUAAGCCGUCUGACCACCUUCAGAAUGACGGUCAUCGACGCGGCAGACGCGAGCUUGGGCAAUAUUGAGCACUUCAAGCAGAUGAUGUACACGAUGCAAGAAGCCCGUCGGAAUAUCGUGAAAUCGAUACUGGCUGAAGUGGCUGUGGAGGGCAGAUUUGUUGAGCUGUUAGAGAAGACAUUGACGCAGUUGACAGACGCCGAGACAGAUGGAUAUCAGAGGAGAAUGUCCACCCAAUUCGACACGUUCACUGUGAAUAUCAAGGACGAGAUUGUCGGGUUGAAGAAAGACCUGGAGCUCCUCGCGCUCACCAAAAAUGGGCAUUUCGACACGGGGAACGUGGAGGAGGUGUUGGCCAAAUACCAUCCGCUAUCACGAACCGAAUACGCGGAUGAAGUGGCUUCAUGUUGCAGUUUCCUGGCGGAAUACGUGGGCAGUUCAGCCGAAGAAAAAGAGGGCCGAAAACCGCUGUUUAUCACGGAUUGGGACGGGACGAUGAAGGAGUACUGUACCCAAUAUGCCACCAAUCUGCAGCCGAUCUACUCGGCGGUUUGUAUGGCCCGUUUUGCAAAGACUUAUACGAGAUUGGCCGCCGUGUUGACUGCCGGUCCAUUACGAGGACCCGGAAUUCUCGAUUUGACAGCACUUCCCAUCGACGGGCCAUUACUAUUCAGCGGAUCCUGGGGUCGUGAAUGGUGGGUAAAUGGUCAUCGUGUUGUGCAUGAUGAGGGAAUAUCGGAUGAGGGUAUCGAUGCCCUCGAGAGAAUGAAAGAUGAAAUGGGAACCCUCCUUCAAUCGGGCGACUAUUCUCAAUUUGCCCUGGUUGGGAGUGGUGUCCAGAGGAAGGUGGACAGACUGACACUGGGUGUGCAGACAGUAUGUGGCCAUGUUCCUGUUGAUUUGUCGGAAAGAUAUCAGGAUGAAGUGAGGGAGAGGAUGCAUCGUGUCGAUCCGUAUAAUCAGAUCCUUGUCUUUGACCCAUCAACAGAAUUAGAAGUGGAAGUGGUGGCCCAUUCGUCGGGAACUGUAUGGAAUAAGGCCAAUGGGGUGGCAAGUGUUGUGGAGAUCAAGGGCGACAGUCUGAAGCCCCCGGGACGAGUAUUGGUCUGUGGGGACACUAUGUCUGAUAUUCCCAUGGUCAAAAAGGUACACGAGGAGAAUCCACAGGGAGUAAUGGCGCUGUUCGUGCGGCCAACCGACGCGAUCCGCCAGUCCGUCCUCCGCGUAGUUGAUGAUGAAUCGAGAGUGUGCUUCAUCUCCUCUCCAGAUAUAUUCCAUUCGGCCGUUGCCCGUCUUUUAUCACAGAUACCG